UCCACAUGCCUGGAACAUUCCGGAUAACUUUCAAUCUUUGUUGAGAUCUCACAGCGAGCACUAGCUUUUCCGAUAGCUCCCCGUAUUUUUUCGAGAAUAUUUUCCAAGAGUCCAAUAUUUGUUUCUAAAAUAAAAGCAAUCGGGUUUUGUGAACCGCAUUUUUCCAAAUUUAACUUAAGUUUUGAGUUGAAUAUUGUGACUUAUUUGAUUAUCAUCAUGUCUAUGUCGAUCUUCUACCGCAAGAGAGCGUCGAACCCCUUCACCAAGGAGUCUGUCACCGAGGCCCUGAAGACCCUGGUCGGGGAGGGCUCCACCCGGAGGGACAGAUACCUGAGGCGCUUCCAGAGGUCCCCCAACGCCUGGCCGGCCCUGGACGAGAUCCUGGCCGACGUGGAGGCCCAGCCCAUGCACGUGCUCCUCUUCGCGGCCACCACCAUCCGCUCCAAGAUCAAGCGCGAGGCGCACACCAUGCCCGUGGAGAGGAUCCUCCAGCUGAAGAGCGGCCUGACCCAGUGCCUCCAGGAGGCGGCCCUCCUGCCCGCCGGCCGGCCCCUGAUCAUCCAGCUAGGCCUCUGCCUCAUCGACCUGGGGCUCCACUUCGCCUCGUGGAGCUACGAGCUGGCCGAGCUCUCCGAGAAGAUGGUCUCCGAGAACCGCCCGGAGCACAUCCGCGUCUUCCUCGAGCUCCUGCAGCUGCUGCCCGAGGAGGCCCGCGAGUACGUCGUCAACGUGUCUCCCACCCGGGAGAACUUCAUCGAGCGUCGCCUCUGGGUGCAGGCCCCCCACGUGGUGUCCCUCAUGGGGCAGCUGAUGGGCUACCAGAGCAUAGGGCUCGAGGGCGAGAAGCAGUGUCUGAAGGUGUGUGCUGCCUGGACCCGGUUCGGCUACAUGGACGCGGAGGACCUGAUCAACAGCCGGGUGAUUCUGCGGACGCAUCUCAUCCUGCUGCACGAGGAGGAGGAGCUGCACGCAGAGGCCUCCGACCUGGUGGUGGCCCUGCUGGAGUCGGCCAGCAUCGCCAACGACCUGGAGCUGGAGGUCUUCCAGAUGGGCAGCGGCCUGGAGGACAAGUUCCUGGGGGCGGUGGCCCAAGACAAGAAGGCCCUCGUGGCCAACUACGUGGCCGUAUUCCUGCAGCUGGCCGCCACGACCUACACGGUGACCCAAGGCGCCAAGACCCUUGUGGCCGAGGACCGUAGAAGAAGGGUCUUUGGGCUGCUCCUCCACGUGGCGAGGUACUGCGAGUGGUACCCCGUGGAGCAGACCCUGAACCUGUGGCGGAAGCUCCUGCAGGAGCCCCAUGUAGCCGCCUUUGAGCCCCUCGUCCAGGACCUGAUGAGGAUCCUCUUCGACCGCAUCCAGUUGCGCGACUCCCACCAGGACUCUGGCCUGCGCCGCUCCUCCCGCUUCGGCCUCUUCCGCCAGCGAGUCGCUGACAUCCUGAAAGCCAUGGCCCCGCAGGUACCCCCCGCCGUCAUGGACGCCCUCUUGGCCACCGCCCAGAACCCCGCUAGCCCCUGGAUGCAGGUGGAGGCCGCCGUCUUCUUCCUCACGCACUUCAUCGGCAGCUUCGCCCACCUGAAGACCUCCUUGUACGAGCGCCUCCUGGCGAUCCUCUCGCAGCGCCCCCAGCCCGUCUUCCGCCGGGUGGAGCGCCGUCUCCAGAAGGGCCUCAAGAAGCAGGCCACUGUCGGGGGCGAAGUCAACUGCUCGUCCUGCUAGACCUUCUAGAUCCUGGAUCCUCUAGAUCCUCCCAAAUUGUUGGUGCAUUCAGUUCGGAUAUGUUCAAAUUUUUGGUUUUUUCCUUUGGCCGUUCAGUUUUCAAAUUUGCGGUUCCGCGAAAUGCCAUUCCGAUUGCAUUUUUUAAAUUACUUUGUAACGCGAAUAAACUUUUUGGUAUUAAUCCUGUGCAGCGCCCUCUUUCGGCGGAACAGAUCCCGUGCAGAAGUCCCUAUCCAUCGAUAGGAUCCGUGCAGAGGUCCUUAUUCAUCGAUAGAUUCUAGGGAUGGCAGCCGGCUUACCGAUAUUCACCGUGCAAAGGACCCUUCUCAUCGAUAGGUACCGUGCAGAAGUCCUUUUUCAUCGAUAGAUUCUAGGGAUGGGAGCCUGCUUGAUCCCAA